AUUGCAGGUAUAUCAUUUCCUAUUUGAACUGAUGAAUGUAUUUUUUUCUAUCAACAGGUUUGGUCAUUUUGAAACAGACUAUAAUUAUGAGGACACAGAAGGUUUCAGAGUUGAGUCUAUUAUUAUCUCCAUAAUUUUAGGUACGCUUGGUACUUCUGGCUUGGCGGAGAUAACGUCGUGAUCCCCGUAGUGCCAUACACCGGGAAAUAAACGACGAAUGGGGGUUGUUUCUCGUACACAAAAAACACGAUCGCAUCGAAAAGCGGGAGAGAUAUAACAAUCGGUUUUGGGAGAAAAGCUACAGGUAAUUGACGUGAGGAUUGUGAAACUAUGCAGGAAGUAUCCACCUGUUCAUAAAGUGGACUUGCCCGACAUUUCCGAGUUCCGUCACUGAACUGGCGUCACCUUGUUAUCACGCAGACGGACACGGAAGUACAUGCCCGCUGAAACUCAUGCAUGGCUGAUUGUAUGCGGUUUCCGCUUCCGGUGAGAUUCCAACUCAACAUGGCUGCCGACGUACUGUGGGAAGACAGAGAUGUUCGAUUUGACAUAAAUCCUAGUCAAAUGCGAAUGCGACCAGGAGAGAAACUGAUUGAUAGACUUGAUGCAGUGGAAGACACCAAAGGAAACAAUGGCGAGAGAGGUCGAUUGCUGGUUUCUAACUUGCGGAUCAUCUGGCACUCCAUGUCAGUCCCAAGAGUCAACCUGUCUAUUGGUUUCAACUGUGUCAUCAACAUAUCGUCCAAACAAGCACAGUCGAAACUUAGAGGCACUACCGAGGCGUUGUUUGUCUUAACAAAAGCUGGUGCAACAAGAUUUGAAUUCAUUUUUACAAACUUGAUACCCGGGUCUCCACGGCUCUUCACCUCAAUCAUAGCAGUUCACAGGGCAUAUGAAACAUCGAAGUUGUACCGUGACCUGAAGCUGCGCGGAGCCCUGAUACAAGAAAAGCACCUGCGCCUCCUACCCCAGGAACAGAUCUACAACCAGGUGAACGGUGUGUGGAACUUGUCCAGUGAUCAGGGGAACUUGGGAACCUUCUACAUCACUAACGUGAGGCUGGUGUGGCACGCCAACGUGAAUGAGUCAUUUAAUGUCAGCAUACCCUACCUGCAAAUGAAAACUGUGAAAAUCCGGGAUUCCAAGUUUGGACUGGCUCUUGUAGUAGAGACCUCCACAAUGAGCGGGGGCUACGUCCUGGGGUUCCGGAUCGACCCGGUGGAGAAGCUGAAGGAUACAGCCAAGGAGAUACAGAACCUCCAUCGCGUGUACAGCUCCUGUCCCAUAUUUGGUGUGGAGUUUGAGACAGACUCUAAGCCCCAGACGAUGGAGGAGUUGACCCUGGAGAGAGUGACAGAUGAUGUGGAGAUUGAGAAUGAUGGAGGCACCGAUGCAUUUGCUGCCUACUUUGCUGAUGGGGACAAGGAGCGGGACCGAGAGCCUGUGUACUCCGAGGAACUUGGUCUGGCAGUGGAGAAACUCAAGGACGGCUUCACCCUGUCUGGCCUCUGGGAGGUGUUAGCGUGAUCGCCUGGUCUCAGUCACCAUGGCGACUGUCUGGUCUGUUAUCAUGGUGACUGUCUCUUCUCUGUCACCAUGGCAGCUGGCCUGUUACCAUCGCAACUGGUCUCGGCAUGAUGGAUAAUCUGGUCUCUGUUACUAUGACGACUGUCUGGUCUCCGGAAGGCCAUGGUGACGAGCUGGUCUCUCGUAAGAAGGGGAUGACCCUGGCUUCAUCCCAGGAAGCGGACACCAGAAAACAUUUGUUUAAGAUUGCAGCAGGUCAUGUCCCAUUGUCUGUUUACAGGGCAUCUCUUGUACAGUUUUGGUUGGAAAUAUUUAUCAUGUUGAUGUACGAUUGACCAAGUGUCUUACAAGCUGAAUGUAUCAAUACCAGUAUAAUUAUGACACCUAAAUAUUUGCUGCUAAGCAUCAGACAAUUUUCAUAACAUUAUUUUGUAUGUUGCCAACAUACUUUGACACAUGUAAGUCUUUGUAAACAAAUAAGGCUGUAAAUAUGAUAAAUAUGGUUGUCCCCGGAUGAUAAUAUGUAAAAUGAUUGAAAUCUUUCUCAACAUAUUCAAAAGAUUAAGAUCUGUUUUGAACUUACAAGUGCAAUCUGUCAUAUGCUAUUUCAUCAUUGUGUUAUCAUACCUCUGUUAAGAAUCUUGCAAUUCCAUUGGUUAAUCUGUACCAUGUGACGAAACACUACAUUUGAACGUUGACCCCCAAAUCAUGUGACUAAAACUGACCUCGAAUAUUGCCUCGUCACAUGAUCAGUAUGGACUGUCACGUGAUGACCAUUGACGCAUCUGCUCGAAAACCAGAUGGCGUCUGGUACUUACAUUUCACGAUUUGCAGCCAAGUUACUAUAAUGAAACUGAGGAUGGUGUAACGGAUUCAUAAACUUUACAGUGAAUUUCGGUAUAACAAAGCGGUUAAUUACUUUUGACGAGGUUAGAUUGUGUAUACAAGGACCCUUUGACCCGACUCCCCAUGACAGAUUCACUGUCGUAAUAUAUGACUCAAGUCAAUCUCAUUAAAAUCAGAUGUUAGUUCUCGCUACCGCUAAACAAAGAUCUGAGGACAUCCCAUUAAGGGUCACGUCAGACCGACCUUGUGCGAACUUUGACCGACCGAUAGAAGGACUGACAAGAGGUCAACAUUAGCCAAUCAGAAGGCAGCUUUCUCGUGCUUUACGGCACUAAUUUCAUAUUGGCGACUACGCUUCGAAACAUAUUUUGACAAAUUCUUCAUUACAAAUUUGAAACCUGAACAAAAGAACAUUCUGGAAUGGCUAAUAGAUGGUCUACAUUGUAUGGAUUCAGUGUUAAACCCGUAACUAUCGGAAUAUCCGGUGUUAAAGCUUUCGAGGUUGCAUUAUAAGAAUUCUUCCGAAUGUCACUUUCAUGAUCUGGUAAGCGACGCUCUGAUUGGUUGGAUGAAAGGUAAUGACCCGUAAUGGGAUGUCCCCAGAUAUUUGUUUGGUGGUAGCGAGAACUAAGAUCCGAUUUUAAUGAGAUUGGACUCAUGUGGUCCAUAACUUCUUUUGAGUAGUACUAUAAUAGUAUUUACAAGUGUUUGCCUGGGAUCAGGAAGUAUACAUGUUUAAGUGGCUGGCUGAUGUAGAUUGUUGUGUUUUUACCUCUGUUGAACCCUGGCAUACGCCCACACAACUUUAAUUACUUGUUUGACUUACUCUUCAGCCAUUUAAAAAAAUGUGAAAACUUUUGUAACCAACUGGUUACAGGAAAUAGUCAUGUAAACUUAUAUCACAAUGUUGACAUUGUCAGUGUUUGUUCGUCCUGCUCACUCCAGCAAAUACGAAAGUUCAGCAUUUUUUCUCGCAAAUUGUGUUUCACAGAAAAAUAAUAUGGUUUGCGGACAUGAAGUAAUUGAUUUUUUUAUUUAAUUUUUCCUCCUGCAUCCAGGUAUAUUUUGGUAAAAAAAAAGUGUGCCACAGGUAUUUAAAUAUGAGUGGCUUAAUGCCUGAUUUUUCACAUAUUUUGUAAGUUUUUCAGGAUUUGUUAACUGUACAUUCCGUCCAACUGAACGACACUGUGAAUAGAGUAUCAUUGUCUGUGAUAUUAUGUAUGCUGUAUCGAGAAUAAACUUCGUAUAAAUCUCU